ACGGUAUUAGAUAUGGCGGGCUUCUGAAUGUUGCCUAACAAGAAGGCCACAAUGAUGGUAUGGAGGCACUUAUAGCCAAACUCGCUGUUUAUGAUUGGACGGAUGUAAGAGGAUUUUUCUCUUCGUUCCUUCUCAACUUAAAUGUUUUGCUGAAAAACACCAAUGGAGUGGUUUUUGUCCUCACAUUAGUUUUAUCAAUAUUUUUAACUAUAUACAUAUGGAAAAUUCGACCGAAGGAGUUAAGUAAACGAUACAAAAAUGUUCGAGAAACAGACAGUUGUAAUGACCAUGAAUUUGCAGACAUUGAAAAUCUACAUCGGCUAUAUAAAUUGAAUAACUUAACUGCAUCCAUGUUAUGUAAUGUUUGGUUGUUCAAAGUCAAUGACUGCAUCAAUAACUCUUUGGAAAGAGAAAGUGUACAUUUUAAUCCAUUUUCUGAAUGCACUUUGUCAGACGUUAAGACUUCGUCUUUUGAAGUGCAUCGAGAAGAAUCCUCUGAAAAUCUGACUUUAUACUUUUCUGUUUCAAUACCGAUGUUAUACAUGCAUGGCGAUCUUGUCUACAAACAAAGUGAACAGUCUCAGAAAAUCACAGUUUCAUUGAAAAAUUACUUCAUGAAGAUGUGUUGUAAAGUACAAGCUGUCAAUAUGGUGAUAUCCAAAUUAAUAAUGUACUCCACCUCCCCACCUCAAUUUGAUGUACUAAUGGAUGCAAAAAUGUUCAUACCAUCAUCUGAAUUUAAGAAGCUACUUGUCAAGAUUAUUUCAGAACUGACUGUAUCCUGGGGGCCUGACGAUAUGGUGAAACAGUAUCCAAGUAGCAGAGAUACGUUACUUUGUAAAGAGAAUCAGAUUGGAGAAACUUCAUCUCAUCCUAAAGCACAAGAACAUAAAGUUUUCAUGGAUUCAGCCCACAAAUGGACAGAUUCGACAGUCAAAACACUUUCUUGCGAAUUAAAUAACCUGGACUUUGUCAGUCAAAAUGAAUUUAAAAGUGUGAACCGAUGUGAUUCUGAACGACAUACAGGAGUAAAAUCAACUAUACCGAAGGAUGAAAUUGCUCUUCUGGUAGCUCAAAAAGACAAACCGUCUUCUCCCAUCGUACUUUCACACAACGCUCGUUUGCGUCAGUCCCUAGUAGCUCGUCAGCUUCCAAGGCCAUUUAUGGGUAAAAUGAUCAGGUCAGCAUCUUGCUAUGGUGAGGAAGGCACAACCGGCCUGUUACAAGAACGAGAGACUGAAUAUGUGGACUUAAACAGUCAAAAUAUGGAGCAAAGUAAGGCGGAACCUACGGUGCAAUUACAAAUUGAUACUGAAUUCUCAUCCCCCAGUAAAGUAGAGUUGAUCGACUCAAGAAUAACGAAAAAAGAAAUUGAAAAUUCAAGUGGUCAAACUACAGAACGCUGUGAUUCAUCACAGGAUUUUUAUCAUCGUAAUUCAAUGCGUAAACCAAAUACCAAAGUAGAUGUAUCACCCUUGAGAGAAAGAAUCGCACACAAUCUCGCAUCAAAAAAGCUUUUGGUUAAAGUAGUCAAGGCAGAGGAACUUUCAGUGAAAAGCAUUUCUGGUGCUUACUGUGUCGUUGAAUUAGAUGAGCCAUAUCAGAGACAUUCAACUCAUUGUUCAAUGUCUGGACAGUUAUUCUGGGACCAACAUUUGCUUUUUGAUCUAAACAAUAAUUCCAAACGUAUCGCACUUGAAGUUUUUGAGUUGGGCAAGAGAAAAAAAUCAUAUUCAAGAGGUCGUGCAGAACUGUUAUUGGUACAUCUGUUAACUAACCCUAAUAGUGAUGGGGAUAAUGAAACAAAUCUCUGUAAUAUAAGUGAUACAAUCCGCCGACGGAUACCCCUUAUUGAUCGAUCAGGUGUUUCGGCUGAAAGUGCAAGUACUUCUAAUGCCAAUUCACCUGCAGUUCAGUCUCCUGGCAUUGGGAACAGUCUUUCUGCAACAACAAAUCAAAAUAUGUCUGCAAAUACAAAUAGUUCUGGGCAACCAUUUGCAAAUGGCAUAAGCAGUAUUACAGCAGAGUUUAAUUUCAUGGAGAAGGCUACUGAAGAUUUCCGUCCUCGUCCAUCUUCUAGUUCUUCACAAAUGCAACGUGUUCCUACAUCGAAAGUCUCACAGUCUACUGGUACACAAAAUAUCAGCCAAGAACAUCAUUCAACAGAUCACAGUGGUGCUUUUUCACAUUCCCCUUCAUUAGAAUUUUCAAAUAAUAAAUCUACAUCUUCAGCACACAAUAGGAUUACUAUUGAACAUACUAUGCACUCUGUAACUGAACAUAUUCAAACGGAUUCUGGAGAAGAAGUUGACAAUUUCACGACUUCAAAAGAUAAAGAUUUUAUAAGAAGAUCAUUGAAAGACGGAAAUAAUGAGCUGAAGUUUACUGCUUCACUAAAACCUGGAAACACUUCUUCUCCUAUAUCUAGUCAGCGACAUAGUGAAUUAGUUCCUAUUCGUGGUGCAGAUGAAGAACAUGCUACUAUACCAUAUUCCCCGUUGAUUUAUGACACAACAAAGCUAUCAGAAACUAGUUCUGAUGGUCAUGAUUCAUUAUGUGAAGUAAAUGAGCAGUUUAAAGAAUCCGUUUCUUCCAAUGAACAGCAUACACAUCAAGGACAGACUGAAUCAGACACUAAUACGAAAUCGCCAAACACUUCAGAUGAAGUAAACGUAUUUUUUGGAAGUAAAGCAGAUUCGAAACAAAGUGACGCUUUAUGUAAGCGUUCGGCUUUACUUGGAGUUACAUCAACAAAUUCUAACAAUAAUUCAGAUUUAAUUAGUGAUUCACAUAGAACUGAUUCACCAGUUAGUUCAGGCAGUCCAGCUGUAACAUCAAGAGCCCAUUCACUGGCUAGUCGUUUGAAGUCAACUCGUAUUUUAAGUUCAGGUGUCUUACGUCAUGGGAAACGUGGAGCAACAGAUGAACCGAUGGGUAGUUGUAGCAACGUUAGUUCUUUGGCAUUACUUGGUCCGUCACGUCAGCUUGCAGGUGUCGUAGCAGGUCUUAGCUCUUUGGCUUCAGAUUCAACAACAGCGCCUACUGCAGCUGCUCUUGCUUCUGCUAUGGCUGUUAUCGGAGCAACUGGUAGUUGGAAACCUCAGACAGCUGUUGAUUCAGAUUCUGCACACCUUUCUGGUUCUACAGUUUCAGAUCUAUUGUCUAGAAGAGAUAGUAAAUUAGAAGCAUCCGAUGAUUCACCUUCUGUUCCACCUCAUACAACAUCUUUCGGUCCUCCUGUACAUUUUGUACCACCGCCUACUUAUAUUGCUGCUGAUAGUCCUGGUACUUUUACAGCGCUAAGUCAGCCACGCCGUUCAGACGCUUCUAAUUUAGGCCUUUUCAGAAUAUUUCGUCAUAAAAAGAAGCGAUUCAGAUCUGUUGGUGCUGAAAAACUACUUUAUUGGGAAGCAAAUAAUUUCGAUGAUUUAGAUGCAAUCUCCACAGAAGGUUACCAUCGUAUACUUCAAGAUGAUUGUGAAAUAAAUAGUACUAAUCACCAUUCAGAAAAGUGAAUCAGUCAGUUUACCACUCACUCUCUCUCAUAUAUAUAUAUAUAUAUAUAUAUAUAUAUAUAUAUAUAUAUAUAUAUAUAUAUAUAUAAUAUGUGUCCAAUGUAUAAAGAAACUGGAAAAAAAAGCCCAAUGAUGUACCUUUUCCUUUAGAUAUUAUAUAUAUCCUGUAUGGAAGUUUCAAAUGUUUUUUCUUGAGAAUUGUCUCAACAUUAUAUAUAUAUAUAUAUAUAUAUAUAUAUAUAUGUAUUCAAAGUUUUGUGUUACCUUUGAAACUGGUUCAAUAAUGAACAGAAUUAAAUGUUGUUUUCUCUAUUCUUGUUAAUGUUAAUAUACCGAUAAUGUGAGCUAAUUAUGCAUACUGAAUUAUUUGUUUCAAGAAAUAUAAAAGCA